AUGACAAUUUUAUUGGUAUCAGAGUAUGAUUCGAGUUCAAAUGUGGGGUUUUGUGUUUUUGGGAUUUCCAUCUUGUUUGAUUAUGGUUUUUCGAGUUUGGGAUGCAAGCCGUGGUUUCCGUCGACAGCUGCAGUUUCCACUGCGAGAAGGAUCGCAUUGCCUCGAGCAGCACAUCCAACCACCAGCCUCCCUGUCCACGAUGCCCACAGUCUCCCUCCUCCAGUGAGCCAGCGACUACCGUCUAGCAACUUCAGAAGUUGUUGUACAGCGACUGUGUACACAUUGUCACCGCUCGAGGAGGAAUCACUGAUGCCCAAACCACAUAGCCGCAGCCACCAUUGGCUAGCAUUGGACGCCGACAACUGCUGCCUAAGAGUGAACAGCAGCCGCCAGCUGCUAUCCACCUCGCCGCUUCAUGAACCAUCCCUGUCAGCGUCUUCGAAGGCUGGCGCCACCUGCCGAUGCCCGCUGCCGAGGAAGAGAAGGGAACGGAUUUGAGUUUGAUGCGAUCUCACGGACUUGAAGAUGAUUUGGACAUGCUACAUCGAGG